AUGACGGCAGGAAAGGAGGAUCCGAUAACGUUUUCCGGGAAUUUUGAUACUUUUCAUGAGGUGAGAAGGAGGCGUGACCGGAAGAAAGAAGGAUCGAGCAGCAGGGUCUCUGAGGAGUCUAGAUCAAGGCAACAUGGACAGGGGAGGGGGGCAAGGGGAGCUCAGGGGGCUAUUCCUCAAACUUUUUUGAUGGUGGCGGCGGGAGGAACUUUGCUAAUCGAAGAGAAAAUGGAGUCCAUCAUAUUGCAGAGAGAACUAAUGUUUCCUCUACACAGACAGAUUUACAGAAAAUAUCUAAUACACCACCUCAAGCCUCAAGGGGUUCAGCUCUUGCACCCCAUAGUGCUGCAAAUCCAUCCAAUGAGAACUGCUAAUGACACUGUCAAUCAAGAAAAUAUCCAACCUCAAGCUGUUGUUGCUGUUGUCGCAACCAUUUCCCCUAACGAAACCGUCGGCUCAAUUACAAGAACUGACCAAGGAAAAUCUUCAAGUUCUGACCAAGGAAAAUCUCUAUCUAGUUCUGAUCAACAUCCAGUUUCUGUAUCUAGUGUUUAUUCCUCUUCAGAUUCUAUGCUGGUACCAUCUAUCGCCCAGAAUCCUGGUGUUGGUGGUGCCAUCAGUAGGGAAGUAGGGAAUGACUUGAUAUCUACCGGGCCAAAUCAUGUUAAAGGAAACAAACUCGAAGAAGCUGGUGAUUUAUCAGCAUCCGAGAAAGAAAAGUCCAUGUCAAUGAUUUCAACUAGCAACCCAAAUGCCUUACAGAAGUCAAAUGAAGUUGAAAGUAACCAGUUAUCUGAGCCCUUGCAACUCUCGUCCUCUUUAUCAUUGAAUAGCUCUUUGAGACCACCUCAAGAUGUUUCUGAAACAGCCAAUGUCCCAGAAGUCUCCGCUUCAGAAGCUCAUGUGCAAUCAACUGAGUUGAGGCCACUUGUUACUUUUCCAAACCAUUUCCAAGUGCCCGAGGCUUUGAAAAGCGGCCUGACAUUUGGAAACUUUGAUAAUUUUGGUACAAGUGAAAGAUCUUAUAGUGUAACUGGUUGUGACAAUAGUACAUCUUCCACUCCUGAAACUUCUCCAGGGAAUGAUGAAGCUGUUACUUCUAGCAACCAAAGUGUGCCUUUGAUUGAACACGGAGGUCAUGUUGAUUAUGCUCAUUCUUCAUCUUAUCUAGUUACAACGACAUUGGCUUCAGAAGGCAUUUCUGUAACUGAUAAUGAUUCAAAGAUUGAGCAGCCAAAGCAGGAGGUAUUGUUAACUCCCGAGGGCCAUCCGAUUCUGACUGUUCAAAGUGCUCAAAACUAUGGUUUGAAUUUAAUGUCUACCAUGUUAGGGACUCAGCAAGUUCAAUUUGACGGUAGUGAGCUUCAGGCCCAAGAAACAUCACACUUACCUUCAUUAGUUCAAAUCGAAGAAGAAUCUGUUAAUGGAAAAUUGGAGAAUAGAGGAAACAACAGUGGAUGGAGUUGUGUUGCACUCAGAAGAGCGGUUGGUGAAGAGAGCAAAUCGAAGAACGAUUUCACGGAGGAAGAUGGUGAGAUGUUGUCGUGA